AAGGAAGCAAGCAAACGAAAAAACCAACAAAAAAACAACAACAACAACACUAGUUUACUUUACUGUGUGUGCAUGUACAAGGGAGAGGGGAAUUGGUUGGCAUUACGCCUAGAAAGGCAGACAUUCAUGCAUUCAAUCAGUGGGAUAGCUUAAUUUAUUUACUUGUUUAUUUUCUUCUUGAUUGUUAAUUUUUACCAUGAAUUAUAAGAUAUUUUGGAGAAUAAUGAAAAACACGGGCUGUUUAUUUACUCAAUAAACAGACUACCUAACACUGUUGUUUAAUCAAGGAAUUAUUAUACCAUAGAAGGCCUUAGCAUGAUAUGCUCCUAAUACUGAUGCAGCGUUAUUAUCGUUUUAUUUUAUUGUCAGUAUUGAUUUCUUAUUCACUACUGGAUUUAACUGUGAGGAACUACUCGUAGCACGGUCAUGUCAGCUGGAUAUACACCACCGUCUUCAAGUAAAUGGACAGGAAAUAGUAGUAGUUAUACAGGAGAGAAAAUCUCCACAACCUCACCUAUUCCUAAUUGUAAUACUUUAAUGAAUCAAGAAUCCUAUCUGAAUGCUUCGAAGACUAAUAGUCAACAGAAUCGUUCCCUAUCGCCUUAUCAUUUGAAACAAGAACAAUCUCAUCUUAAUGAUACAUCAAAAUCACCUUUGCUGUUGUAUCCUCCUCCUCCCCCGGUUAGCUUACAAAUGCAGCCUAUUCGAAAUCAUCGUCCACCUGUUGUUGAAACACAUUUUACACAUGAAAGAUCAUCUCCACUGCUGAGCUUUCAAAAGGUGAAUCCAUGUCUACGUAAAGAUCAAUAUAGACCAGCAGUAAACUAUCCGAUAAAUCGAUACAACCCUGUUCGGCUUCACAGACCCCCUGUAACAAAUUUACCACAAUCUCAACAGUAUGAAAAUAGGUUAAAUAUUGGUCAGGAUUAUCACACUGGAUCAUAUACGAAUCCACGUGCGUUAAUGAAUCCCACCCAGAGGUGUACACUACAUCCAAAAGGACGAUCACCAAAUUUAACGCCUCCUAAAAGGACUCUAUCCCCUGAAAUAGCUCAUACUUAUAUUCUACCAAAUAGUCCAGUCAAUUCGUUAAGAAGUACACCUCUACCUAAUAAAACGAAUCUGCUCGAUAAUGAUAAUGAUGAUCCAGAUAUCUGGAAUAUCGGUUCAUCGACAGAAUUCAGUCAACCGGUGUAUUCAAUGAAUCCAAGCCAUCAAGGACACAAGUUUUCACUUUAUAAUGAAGGGCAUCGGUUAAUGGAUGCACCAAAAGAAUACACUGAACACCAGUCUACCAAAUGCCUUCAAGAUUCAAAUGUAUCCAGUUCUGAAUGUGGCAGUUUAAUUAGUACCGAUGAUGAUGAGACUGUAUCUUUGAAUACGACAGACAGUGAACAGAAUAUGAAUCUUCUCAUGAAUAGACAUUCAAUUUCUUUACAGAGGAUUAAUAGUAGUAAAUCUGAAAUUCAUGGUUCAACACAAACUCUCGUACCAAUGAGUAAAUUCCAAAGGAAUCGAUUUAAAAAUCCUCAUACUUCAUCGUGUAAAUCAGUUCACUGGAACGAGAGUCAGACAGAAUCAAAAAGAAAAAGUUCAUUGCGUAAAAAUCGUACAAAAGAAGACAAUUUACUGCUUGAUAUCCAACCAAAUAAAGUGCUUCAAUCUCCGAAUCGGAUUCCUCACACAUUUCCACCGUCUGUGUCGGAUCAGCCGACAACAUUCUCAGAGACAGUUGGAGAUGAUCAUGGUGACAAAUGGACAGUUUACUAUCGUAAUCCAAAUAUCCCAAGUGUUCAACUUGAUUUAAUGAACCAUGAACCAAAUACAUUACUCGAUUUGUCAAUGCCAGACGAUUCGACUUUAAGCAGACAAACACAGUCGAAGACUCCUCCAUGGUCGAUGUCGAGAAGAUCUCCACAAAUCAAACACAAUACUUUAACGCCAUUCCAGCAUGAUAAAGGCCAAUUAGGAAGUGAAGUUCCUCAACAGUUUUCCCGCGAAGCAGUACCAAAAAUACAUCUGAACUCCCCUAGCACUAAUCAAAUAUCUUCAGUGCAGAAGGCAACAACGAAAGCAAUAGCCGGUCUUCCAGCUGUAAAAAAGAAACGGAAAUCGAGUAGAAAAUUAUUUUCAAUCAGACAAACUGAAAGUCUUAUUGAAGCUUUAGAAUAUCUCACAAAUUCUAUUGAAAAAACCAACUGGAAUCUUGAAAUGGAGUAUAAAGAAAGAGAGAAGAAUCCUCUGAGUUUAGAUCAUCGGAGAACUUUGCAACCACAACACGACGGUGUGAAUUCUCGUCGAACUUCCUCACUUACUGGAAAACAUUCUCGGCCUCGAAAUUAUAAUACGAAGUACGGAGCUAGUAAUCGACAUGAACACAGACGGAAAUCGAUUACCUUAAAGCACAUUGAUGAGAUGGCACAGAAUCGAACAGAAAAGGUGGCUGUUGAAGUCCGAGUGGUAUUUUUGAAAAUAGGUGAAAUUGAUACACUGAAAGAAUUAUACUAUGCAGAUGCAUUUCUACAAGCCAAAUGGAGAGAACCUAGACUUGAUGGACAUACAGCAGAGGAAUUAAGUAUCACCGAAUUGGAGCAAUACUGGAAUCCCUUACUGUAUAUUGACAAUAUCCUGAGUGAAACAAAAGAAACCCAGUGGAUAAUGGCUGUUAGAAGUGAAAGCGGAGAAGUCUACCUUAUAGAACGUAGACGAAUAAAGGGUGUAUUUUUAGAAACUCUGGAAUUAAAUGACUUCCCUUUAGAUGUACAGGAUCUAACCAUAACUGUAACCACAGAGAGACCAGAUACCGAGGUGGAUAUUAUUCCUGACCAGGUAGAAAUGUCCGCAAUAAAUAUACAGACAUUUGUCGACCAACAAGAAUGGAAAUUACAUGAACAUGUCGAGAUAAAGAAACGUAUAAUCAAACAAGAAUAUUCUAGUUCAAUGAAAAGUCAUCCAUGUUUAUCUGUUACCUGUAGAGCUGCUAGAAGACCUGGCUACUUCUAUUGGAAUGUUUUUCUUAUAAUGUUCAUGAUUUCUGGUUUGGCUUUUGCUACAUUUGCUGUUUCACCGGAUAAAGCAGAACUUCGACUACGCUUAUCCUUCACACUUAUUUUAACCAGUGUCACCUUUAAAUAUGUGAUCACACAAAGUCUACCGAAAAUUUCUUACCUUACUUAUAUGGAUAAGUAUGUCCUAAUGUCGUUAUUCAUCCUGUGUAUUAUCAGUGUAUGGCAUGCAGUUGUCACCUUAAUUGGAUUCGACUUUGACCUUCCCGAUUCAGCUGGAGGAUUUGCAUCUAGUCUGUCUGAUACACAGUCUACAACAACACCACUGCCAACGUCAGCAUCUGUGAAUACAACAUAUCCAGGACCUAGAAUAGUCUUCCCUGAUACGAAUACACCACCUUCAUCCAUAUCCUUAUCAUCGUCUCCCUCAACUAACUCUGAGUUUAACAGCACUUUUGAUCGUUACCCGAUGAACAUAUCAAAUUAUGAUCUUGUAAAUAAAUUUCCGUCAACAGACACCACAAAUGUAUCAAAUGGAUUAGAGCCAAAUUAUAAUUCGUCCUCUAUCACAUCACCUGCCUCUUCAUCACAAGAUUCCACAUCUUCUAUGUACAAUCAAAUACAGAAUGAUUCCACUCCAUCGUUAGCUGCCGUCAAUCAAACCUUCAGUUCCUUGUUAAGAGAACAAAACAGCGGUUGUAGUCGUAGUAAUCGUAUAGCCUGUUCUGACUGGAAAAUGGUACAACAAAUUGAACAGCAUGUAUUCACAUCAUUCGUUACAAUAUAUAUACUGGCACAUGCUAUCUUCAUAUUUUGGCUUUAUUUCGAUGCAAGCAGACGCAGACGAGAAAUGCGACAGAAAGAUAAAGACUACCGAGCAACAAAACAACCAAUAAAUCAAGGUGAAUUUGUCUCAGCCACGUCUUUGUAACACACUGUGCUACAGAUGUCCAUAUGGCGAAUUCGCUUGCGUCUCCUGCGAUUUAAAGAAAAUGCUCAAAUAAUGCAGUCUGCUAGCAAAAAGGAACAACUCACAUUCUCAUGAAUGAAUUAGUCACUCCCGAAGUAUUUCCUGACAAUUUUCUCAAGUCUUAUUUUUAUGAAUUAUUCG